AAUUUACCAUAUUCUGGCGUGGUCAUUUUUCGACUUGUUUAAGAAGGGUCAAAAGCUUAUCAUUUAUGGUAUCAAAACCAUUGAUUGCAAACUCGCCUUGAUUUAUUCGUAUCUGUUUACGAGUUUGUGGUAAUUGCAGCUACCAUGUUAGCUUUACGCACCACUUUAUACGUCACGAUCUCUUUAUCAGUAUCAGUUUCCGUAGAACACGUUGCUUAAUCUUUGACUGCUUUUAUCAGAUAUCUACUUUUACAGCAAAACGACCAACAUAAAAACACCACUUCGACCGAAUCUUUCAAACGAACUUGUUAUGUCUGAGGGUGAUUGCUUUUUCCUUAUAAUUUACAGCAGACAUGUCAAACAUACGGCCCGCAACUGCUGUGAAUCCGGCCCGCGAAGAAAUAACGAGAACAUCGAUUAUUAUCUGGCUUAGGUGAGGUUCAGCUUGGAAAAUGACUCUUGGAAAUGAAUUAAUCGAAGAGCUAAAAAAAAAUCGUCCUAGCAUUAAUAACGAAUUAUCUAAGAAGUCCAUAGACGAGAUAAACGUAAAAAUAAAUUCGUAGCACACCACCCGUAACAGUAUUGGUACUCUUAUCACAUUUUCGGAAUCAAGCUAUGUCAAUAAUACCAAUACAUUUGAGAUAAGAUAAGUGGCAAAACGAUACGUCAGAACCCUAGCGGGCUAUACAACAAUCGGUAACGGUGAUUUUUAAAAUGAAUUUAGAUUUGAGUUAACUCCUCAGUUGUGAGCAUCAAGUGCAAAACGGUGUUUCGUUUGUGAUUCGAAAAGUUACAAUACAAUAAAGAUAUAUUCUCAACCAACGAAUAACACAGAAAGUGUCCGGAAAAUUGUGCAAGUGUUGACAUUUAUUUCGAAGUUGUAAAACUUUUACGGAGCAAGUUUUCGUUUACGAUUAGCCUACGGUUGAACAACUAACUGGAUAACGUGCUACGCUUUACAACUUUCUGUAUUAAAAUCCAGCGACCUAACAGCAUUGGUUCGAUUUGUGGUCACACUAAUCGCACGUAGGCCACGAACCAACAGCUAUCACAGUUCCCGAUAACGUAGGGACCUGCAUUGGUUCGAUUUGUACUCAUACUAAUCGCACGUAGGCCACGAACCAACAGCUAUCACAGUUCCCGCCCUACAUCCAUCUACUCAACAAUAUAAAAAAUCAGGAAGAAUCCAAUAAUAAUAAUAAUAAUGACUAAUGAAGGUGCUGGAGGACGAUCUACCAUGCACGGAAGCUCCUAUCAUUUGCGUAUAGCAAUGGUGAUAUUGCUGCGUGCCUUCACUCUACGACGAAGAGGUGCUUUAUCGGAUUUUAAAAUUACCAUGGAAGAUUCGACUGCCGGUAAAUUUGAUGACGUCGUAUUUCACUACUCAUUGCCAUCGACACCAAACAAUUUCGCUUAUGUUUAUAUUCAGGCCAAACAUAAACUGAAUUCUACGAAAAAUGUGCAACUGAUCAAAGAAGGUAAUUUGUUCACGAAAUGGAAUUCUAACAAACCCUUUUCAAUCCCCAUGUACUUUAUCUCUUAUCUUGAUGGAUAUGAACAUUCUUUGAAUGGUUCUCAUACAUAUAUUUUAUGCACCAAUGCAAGCAUUGAUGAAAAUCUGAAAAAAUAUCUUUCACCACGGGAACACGAUAGCGCUCAUAUAUUUUCGUUUUGUGACGAAUUAGGGGCAAAAUGUUACAGUUUAGAAAGCCAAACAGAAUUUAAUGCUCUUAUUGAUGAAUUAAGAAAUGCAAGUGUAGAAAAACUAGGACAAAUGUUAGCGAUACACGCCGUAAAGAAAAAGUUAAUUAAAUGUUCCACUGCUAUAUUUAAUGUUCAUGAUAAUUUAAUUGCUAAAUGUAUAAAACCCCAUGAUUCAGGAAUAUUUCAAUUUAACCAUGGAUUCUGGACUGCGGAAAGAUCAACGCUUCUAGGAAAACUAAGGAACAGUUUUAAACAAGAAUAUUUCAAAUUAACUCCAAAUCAAGGUAAACUAAACAAGCAAGUACAAUGGGAAGAAAUCAGAAUUAUAUUAGAUCAGGGAUUUGCCGAAACUGUUUUAAACCUUACAACCCGUUUAUCACCCGAUGUUAAUUCGUAUUAUGAAAAAGUUGAUGUAGCAAUCCAACGAUUUAGAGAGAAAUUCCUUUUAGUUUGUGGAUCUAUGAAUGAGACAGAACUUCGCAAUAAGAUUAUGAAGAUGAUGCCAACCUGGGUUAACAACCCAAAAGGAACAUAUGACGCCUUGCACAAUAUGCUGUUUGAUGGCAUGAUUAAGACGGUUCAUAUAAGUUUGCAGGAUCUUAACCAGCAUUUUAUAGAAACAAAAGCGAAUGAAAAUUUUGUUAAGGUUCAAACAUUUACGAAUGAUUAUCUUAAAUCAAUGUGCGUUAAAUAUUCUCGCAUUGUUAUUGAGCCAAAUUGUCUGAAUGAAACUGCACUGAACGAGUUUAUCAGUUGCACUACACAAUAUGUCUCUCGAUAUCGCUGCACAACUAGUAUGAAAUUGAAUAUUUUAAUUGUUUCACAAACCUUAGCCUUGCAUCAAUAUCAGUGUCUAUUUGUGGACAAUGCCUCAUCUGAAUUUAAAGAGAAUAUCUAUGAUGUCCUUGAUGAAUUAACGGAAUUCAUUGCUGCUGUUGGCCUCUGUACUGAAUACAUUAUCACGAUACUUGGUCAAUUGGGAAGAGAAGUUCUUCGAGCUGCUAAGAAUCUCGCAAGGACACGUGAAAUUAAAAUUAUUAUAAUCGAGGAACCAGCCGAAGAAGACCCAUCUGAAGAUUGUUCAUUCGUUCGUGAUCUUACCAAUGAAGCAAAAAAGCAGAUAUUUGAGCAGCACAACUUGAAACUUUUUGGAACGACAAUAGCCCUCAACAAUAUUGUGAGAGAAACUGAUUGUUUGAGUAUGUUAUUUAAUGUUUUGGAAAAAUAUGACGAUACAGACGUGAGAGAAAGUGAUAACUUUAAUUUGCAGAACUUUGAAAAAAUUAAACCGUGGUAUAUUCCACGAUCGUUUGUACCAUACUCAGAGGAAAACCGGGAAGCUGAACAAUUUUUGACUGAAGACGAAAUCACACCAUCACUGCUAAAAUCUGUCUUACCUUUGAAGGAUCAAGCGUGUAACCUUCCAGAUGUUUUAAAGUGCGAGGACAAUGUGAAAGUGCACAUCUUUUUAGACGAAGCAGGAUAUGGAAAAACCACCUACUUUACGUGGCUAGCAUCGGCAAUAUCGAACGAUAAUUCUUCUAUGUUUGUUGUACGUAUGAACGCUCUGCAAUAUUCCUCUGAUUUCUUUUAUUUACAAGCGUUGGAUCCUAAAACCCUCGAUGAUACAGAAGUAGUUAGGAUCCUCUAUCGUCUACUGCAUCUUACCUUGUUUGUGUGCAAUAUUCACAAUCGAGCUGUUACAGACUUCGAUAAGGAAAGAGAGAAAGCUGAACGAACCGCAAAACUUUUAACGUUCUCGGAUGGAAAAAUUAACCUUGACGAAACCAAUCCUGAUGUGUCUAAACUACCUUUACAAGAACUGCUGGAGCUACGAUUGUUUCAAAACAAAUUUAACGAAAAUAAAUUUAUUUGUUUAUUGGAUGGAUUUGAUGAAAUUGUCCCGCAUUAUAAGGAUUUCGUAAUGAAAUAUUUUGCAAGGCUGUCCAACUUUGAAGGCAUUCGAAAUCUGUACAUUUCGACUAGGCCGUAUAAUUUUAUAGAUGAACUGAAACAAACGUUUUCGGUUGGCAAGUUGUGGCGACUGGAGCCGUUUUCCCAAAGAGAUCGAAUAGUCUUUUUGAACAACUAUGUAGAGCAUGAAUUAGAAGGUUACAAAAAUAUAUACAAGAAUUUAAAAUAA